AUGUCUCGCCAGGGGAGAUCUGACAACUGGAUCGACGGCCUUCGUGGCAUUGCCUCGCUCACCGUUGUGACCUACCACCUUUGCUCAGCUUUCGCAAAUUGGCUAAACUCCCCAGCUAUUAGGGAGGGCGGCGAAGUCUUUAUCCUUCAGCAACCAUUUUUGCGGCUUGUUGUUGGCGGUCGAUUUGCGGUUACUCUUUUCUUUCUCAUUGCUGGAUACGUGAACUCUCUCAAUUCGAUCAAACAAGCUCGCAAUGGAGAUCAAAGUGGCGUCCUUGCGAAACUCUCUCGGAGUAUCAUCAUUCGAGCUGGAAAGCUUGUCAUACCAACCAAUAUUGCGAUUUUGAUGGUAUGGCUUGUCUGUCAGCUGAAUGGAUUUCAAGUUGCAAGUCAGGUUGAUGCUUCCUGGAUCAGAGUGGUCGCCGCGGCGCCUGGUCCUACCUUUCGCGAUGCGAUUGGAGGCCUGUUUAGUAACUGUGUGUUGUUCUGGACCGGUGGUAUAUCGCCAUAUGAUCCCACGUACUGGACAAUUCCUUUCUUCCUACAGGGUUCGAUGCUGGUCUACCUGACCCUGAUGGCGACUACGUUCACAACUACGAGGUUUACGAAAUUCCUUCUUAUAUCUCUUUAUUGCUUCGCUUGGAUGACCAAUAAACCUCUCGUCGAGAUGACCACCUACGCCGGAAUGUUUCUUGCUGAGCUGAAUGCCGACUACGGCUCGCAGGCCCCCUCGAUUAUGCCCGCGCCUAUCUCAUUCGUUAUGAUUCUAAGUGGACUUUUCCUCGCUUCAAUCCCUGAUGAAAAUGUAGCAUGGGCACCAUGGAGCCAGACCUUGGACUCCAUAGCACAAUAUGUUGUCCCUGCGGGUGGUGAGGUGAAUCGAUAUAUAAACUCCUUCGGAACCACACUGUUCGUCUUCGGCGUGUUCUUCUCUCGUGAUGGUCGACGGCUUCUGUCGCACCCGCUCAUGAAUUUCCUGGGCCGGAUCUCGUUCCCCAUCUAUCUCAUACAUGACACUCUCAUCCGUACAGUUCUUUCAUGGUUUGUUUAUCGACAAUCGAUUUUCGAGAAGGGACUGUAUCCGUCGGAUGAAGAAGGGAAUCCCACGUAUUUUGAGAGGGGUGGGACUAGCACAUUUGUUGUCGCUAUACCACUGUUCUACAUGGUCCUAGUGUAUGCAGCAUAUCUAUGGACAUUGUAUGUGGACCCCAUAUGUGAGAAAUUGGUAUCAUGGCUUGGAAAGAAAGCAUUUGGCGAGGAUGAUGAACCUGAAGCUUUGAGAGAUGUCCCGCCA